AUGACAGAGAGCGUAGAAGGCGGAGCGUCGCUGGCGUGGCGAUUGUUUGCGACAUUAGAGGGAGGUACCAUUCUGCUAGCAACUUCUGCUCUCCUGGCGUAUACUGCUAGAUCGAAAGAGACUGGCAGUCAACGGCGGAUGAUUAAGAAUGUUCUUGUAACAAAUACAACAAAUACGUUAGGAAAAGAAUUGACAAGGAAACUCGAAUCGCAUGGUUGUAAUGUGUGCUCAGUAAUAAACGGAGCGACAGUGAUGAGCGGAGCGGAUUUGGAUAAAGUUGACGCCUUAGUGGUAAUCGGCGCGGAUAUUAAACAAGAUGGUUUAGAUGGUAUAUCACAGAUAGUAACUGAUGAUGUAUUUAAUAAUUUGAAGUUAUUAGAAACCCUAUCACCGCUUGUACUAAGGGGAGGGUGCAUGGCAUGGGCAUGCGCGGGCGUAAUGGAUGGAGGGUUUCGAGGAGCGAGUACCGCAUAUGACGCUGUACUUAAAGCAAGCUUACAACAUAUUGCUGAAAGUUGCCACUGCGAACCCGUCUGGAUAGGUCGAUGCGAAGAUGUGGAGCGCGUAGCGGAACGAAUAGUUGCAUCGCUUUUACCUUACACCAACCAACCACACGGCUCUUUUAUCUUCAUCAGAAAUGCUGCGCAAAAGCUUACCGAAUAUUUUGGAAGAUGGCUGAAGGUAGUGACGUGA